GUUAAUAGUUAUGAUACACAAUUAAAAAAAGAAUGUCCAUCAGAGUUUCUAUUGGUUGAAGAGGUUUUAGAAAGAUGGUUACAAUAUGCAUUCGUAAGACAAAUGACAUUAACAGAUAAGGUUCUUUUAAAAAAAGCAAAAAGCAUUGCUUUUAAUAUUGAAGAACAAAAUUUUUAUUGUUUACAUAGGUGGUUAGUACGAUUCAAGGCCUGGCAUAGAAUAAAAGCAUAUGCAAGGGUUGGUGAAAGUGGUAGUACACCACCAGAAACUGAAAUUAAUGCAGAAUGUGAAAGAUUUAUUGAAAAUGAACAGCUUGAUGAGUUAAAUAAUUUGAUUGCAGAACUCCCAAUUGAUAAUUUGUUUAAUGCUAAUGAGUUUAUACAUUUGGAUGAUAUUUUACAAAUUGAAGAAAUGCUAGAUAAUAUGACUCUAAUUGAACAAAUUCAUCAUGAACAUAAUGGUGAUGAUACUCAAUCUGAUGAUGAAGAUGAACCAUUGUGUAAAAUUUCUUUACAAGAAGGAACUUGUCUUGCUAAAAGUUUGGUGAAAUUUUUGUUGCAACAAAAUGAUGAAUUUGGUGUUUCAGCUGAAGAAUUAGGAAUA